GCCUGUUUGUCGGUCGCAUUGUCUACGCGUACGAUUAAUGUCGGGCUCUAAUAUAGCUAAAUCAAGCAAAUUUAGUUAAACGUGCUUAGCUCGUGCUGUGUAAGUGUGUGUAGACUGUCAAAUAUUAAUUUGUUAACCGUCGCCAUUGCAUUAAGCGAUAAAAAAGGCGUUUAAUUUAUGAUGCCGAAGUUUUUCACUGAACGCAAAUUGGCGCGCAAUUUACCAUAAGCCGCAUGCAGAGAGAGACGGAGAGAGAGAGUGCGCGAGAGUAAUUAGAAGCUUGUCUUGAAUGGAGAAGCGUGCGCUUGUAUAACUAUGUAUAUAUGCUUAUGUUUAUUUACCGCAAUUACAUUGUGGUAUUUAUCUUACAUUUGAUAACCUUGCAGAGAGUCUAAUUAUUUCCCCACGUAAUGUGUAACGUAGGCGUCUCUUCUCCCACUAAGCAUAUAUUGCCUUGUUCGGCAUCAACUGUUAUAUAAAUCUAUGUCAGAAUUCAUGUUUAAAAGGUGUCCUCAAAUAUCCUAUAUAGACAUAGGUCCAAAUUUCCCACCUCCAUGUAUGAGAAAGUAGACAAUACUUAAGGUAUGCUGAUUUUACUGUGUCUAAUAAUUUCGAAGACUGCUGUUGACACAUCUUUGAUAUUUUAAUUCCGUUUUACAUUUGUUUGUAUGUGUAUGUAUGUAUGUAUGCACAGUUGGCUGCGUCUGCACCAGAGCUGUGGUUGUUAUGGGGAAGGGCAGGGGUUAUUCAAGCGUCUACUGCGCGUACGCCACUGAUCGCAACACUUUUGAUCCCGUUUCUUUAACUAUGCAUCGACGCAAAUCCUCUCACCAUGCUCUCCGUUUUUGUUGUAUUAGUGCAAUUGCCUGCUGAGCCUCGGGACGAGCUCAAUACGGCGAAUUAGUCUGUGCGCGCUUCGCCUAUUAAUCGGUCGCAUUGUUUACGCGUGGUGUAUUUAAUGUCGUGUUCUAACAGGGUUAAAUUAACGAAUUUUUUUUAAGUGUGAUAAGUUUGUGAUGUGUAUGUGUGUGUAAAUUGUCAACGAUUAAUCUGUUACCCGCCGCCAUUUAACCAUAAAAUAAGUGUUUAAUUUCUGAUGACGCGCCUUUGCUCUGAAUGCAAAUUGGCGCGCAAUUCAAGAGAGGAGAGAGAAAGAGAGAGAGAGAGAGAGGGAAAUCGCGAGAGUAAUUUGAAGCUUUUCUUGAAUGGGUUCUUCAUAGCGAGUUUGGACCGGCCGUUUCCUGGUUUAGCUUCGGAUCAUGAAGAGCGCACUCUAGUGUCAGGCGCACAAAGCUUACGCACACAUCAGAAAAACAUCGCUUUGUACAUUUUUCAUAUGUUCUGUGAAGUGUCGUUGACUGCAAUGAAUUUCGUUAAGUGUGCACUCGAACGGCACAGUGAAGACGCGAACCAAAACGUAGCGCCACCUGUUCACUGAAGAGGGAACCGAAUAGGCAUAUGAACUGCUUGGAAAACUACAUUGUUCUGCACUGCUUGUGCCACUAUAUAUUGUAACGAAUUGUUAACUAUUUACGUUAAUUUUUGAAUUCCGAAACCUGCAAAAAAACAAAGUCACGAGGAGGAUGAACACGAGCACGAGCACGAGCACAACGGGCUUGACGGACACGGCGACGAUGUCGAGGAGCAGGAGAUUCAUGUCGAUGUCGAUUCCGAUUCACGCAUGUCCUGCGGCAGCGGCUCAGAUGUGGAUAUGGACAACGGCAGCUGCUACGAUGAAUCCGAAACUCCGCUCAGCGAAUCGCUGCAAUCGGAGCAGACGCGCUCCUCGUCCAGCGAGAAUCUGCCCUUCAGCAUAUCGCGGCUGCUCUCUAAACCCUUCGAGACCAACAACAACAACAACAACAACAGCCACAGCGGCAGCAACAACCACAACAACAACAGCUCGGAGAAAGAGCUGCAGGAGCAGGAACAGGAUCUGGCCGCGUAUAAGCUGGCCACCAGCAUUGCCAAUUCGACCUAUGGAGGCGCCGCGGCGCUUUACAGCUAUCCGCAUCUGUAUCCGUCGGCUGCGGCAGCGGCCGCUGGCCAUGUGCUGCGUGUGCCGCCGCAGCGGACGCCGCUCACCUGGGCGCUGCCCCCACUGCAUCAUGCGGCGCUGGCCCAUCAGGCGGUCAAGGAUAGGCUGGCAGCUGCCUUUCCCAUCGCCCGGCGCAUUGGACAUCCCUACCAGAAUCGCACGCCUCCGAAGCGAAAAAAGCCGCGCACCUCGUUCACACGCAUCCAGGUGGCGGAACUGGAGAAGCGUUUCCACAAGCAAAAAUAUCUGGCCUCCGCGGAGCGUGCGGCGCUGGCUCGCGGCCUCAAGAUGACCGAUGCCCAGGUGAAGACGUGGUUCCAGAAUCGACGCACCAAAUGGAGACGUCAGACGGCGGAGGAGCGCGAAGCCGAGCGACAGGCGGCCAAUCGGCUGAUGCUAUCCCUGCAGGCGGAGGCCAUUAGCAAGGGCUUUGCGCCGCCGGCGGCGCCUCUGAGCUCCCAAUCCGGCGUGAAUGGAGCCCCGCUGGCCGCGCUGCACGGACUGCAGCCCUGGGCGGAGGCGUCGCAUGCAGCGGGCUGCUAAUUGUCAAAUAGUAGAUCUAUAUAUAUAUAUAUAAAGUAUGUGUAUAAGGUUUAUUUGUGAUACAGUUUGCUUUGUAAAUAGAGUUGAGAAAAAUGUGUGCGCUACAGUGAAAAUCAAUCAAGCACAAGUUGUAAAUAUCUAGCUUUACUCCCCAUACUAUAAUAUAAUCUAAAAUAAUCACCUAGUUACUUAAGUACUCGAUUUAGGUUUAAGUAGUGUCCCUUAGUUUGUAGCACAGUGUUUCCUUCAUUUCAAUUUAAUCUCAAAAUGUC